GCAUAUUCAUUAAAUGUUUUGAUGCCGGCGGUUCUAUAGAGUAUUUAAAUAUCCCCUAGCCCUUCUUGUUAUGUGUAUACAAGAAUUGUGUUAAAUUUUGCAAAUCUGGAUGAGUUUAGAGAAACUAUGAUUACCGCCUCGGAACCUUUGGAAUUUAUUCCACGAGGUCGCCUGGCGGUGGAUGAACAUCCAGGGCCGUUGGUGCUGAAAAAAAAUGUUACGGUACCUUCCGAAUUUGUCCUGCUUCAGCGGAUGCAAGAUGUAAACAUAUCGCUGGAUGAAAGUCCAACCGAGUUUUACAUCCUCCGUGAGGUGUACAGAGAAAUGAAGCAGGGAGAAGGUAGAAUGCCAGGCUUUCUCUGUGAAGCUAGUGUUAAUUCUGAAGAGGAACUGUACGUUAAAGGUAAUACAGCAAUCUGGAGCAAGGGAUCCAACUAUGAGGGGGCAUCUCCACAAGUCUGUUUUUCAAGCGAAAAUCCUAUAAAAUUUGCCUUUUUCUGUGGAAGUCAGUUCCUCUCUUCUAAGGAGGGUAGAUCAGAAUCUAACGUCAAAAGUGAAGCGCUUGAAAAUGCAUCCAAUGUUGGAGUUUGUCUACUGGAUUCCAGUACUCUUAGAGUUUACUGCAACAGCGGAGAAAACUUUGUUACUAGUAUUGAAUGUCCGAUAUCGAAAGUGUGGAUAACAAAGCAGGGCAUCUUAUUGGAAAAAGAACCAUCUAGUACAGUUUUGGAAGCCCAAUCAAUAAAUAUGCCGCGACUUUUUUCUCUGACUCAUCCACUUGACGAGAUGAGUCCCAUUCUGUUGAACAUGAACGAUUCAAUAAGUUAUCUUACGGAAUCCGAUCAUCGGGUGGUGUUUUCCGAUGAACAGAACGAUUUGAUUUUUAUGUAUGAUGAAAAAUUUGGAAAACACUUUGUAUGUUUUUUGCGCAAAGCGACAGAAGACGAAAAAAACUUGGUUGGAUUUGGUAACGAAAGUCACUCUAGUAGUUUUUUCAACGUCACGGGAAGCAUGUCACAAUACGGUACAUCAAUGCCUGCCGCAACAACGCCCCAAUCUUUCUACAAAAGCUCUCUUUUAGCCCGUCAUAACAUGUCCACGGCUGGACGACAUAGUUUGGGGGCGACUUUCAGCAGUCCAUAUGCUAGCAGUUUUCAACAGCAUAAUCAAGCAGGGUCGUUUCAGUUAAAUGUCACUGGAGGUGGCGUCGGAGCCAGCAACAGAAGUCAUUUGCAACAAAACGCAGCUUCAUCGUUCCAGGCUCCAUUGGGUAGUACCACUCCCUUGUCUCGACUACAGUCCACACUUGGUGCGAGUGUUUCGUUACUGGAUGUGCGAAAAAUUGGCCAAGCUGAACCAUCAAAACCGAUCAUACCAGAGUUUUGCUUAGAACUCGUUUGGACAGAUAAUGUAAGCAUAGCAAGGGAUUUUCCUGAAAAGGCAUCAACCGGUUUUCUUCACGAAGAUUUAGUAGGAGUACGUUAUCUAUGUUACCUGUUGCCAACAUCAGAACUGUUAACUUUACUGAAAAUUAAUAUAGAUGAUAGAACAAAAUUUAGCGCUAAAACAUGUACGCAGAUCCCUGCCAAGAGUGCGGUUUCCCUGCCGCGGCUAAAUAUGAUUGCUGUACUAGCUCCGUGUGGAACAUUACUCCUUUACACAGGAUUCAUCCAAGUCGGCAAAGUCCAUGUGGCAGGUAUAUUGACAAAUUUUGUCACAUCAAGCGCUCUGAGCAAUUCAUUCAGCUCACUACAAAGUUUCCCCAGGCGCAGUAGUCUGCUACCCACCGUUUCGAUUCAAACGGAUACCGGAUUCGAUGAAGAAUUGCACAUGCUUUCUCCAGUACAACCUCUUCACCCUUCCUCAAAACUGACAUCCUCGUCGUCUCGCAUGACCAACUGUCAAUCAAUCCGUGAUGGGUCUGGCAAUCGACUAACUUUAGCAUUUACGAGCGAAAAAAUGUUUCGAAUAUCGCUGCCUGUCGUUAGUGAGUCGAAACUAGUUUCGAGAUGUUUGAUGGCAAUCCGCGAAACCCUACCUAAAAAAACAGCGUUAGAGUUCAUGAUUCGGUGGUAUGGCACUAGAAAUGCGCCCGGUUCGAAGGAUUUCAAUGUAAGCUAUGAGUGGAAAUUUUUUCAAGGGAUGCUUUUCCAACACAUGGGACGUCCUUUUCCAACACCAGACAGUCACUUCAAUAAAUCUAGUUCAAAAUCAUCUUUUGAUGAACCGAAAAAACGAAGAAAGAGUGAAAAUUGUCCUGGUAAUAAUGACGAUUGGAAAUUCUUGAUGAGUAACAGUGGCCGAUUGGAAUCAGUUAAUAUGGAUCAGGUUGAAGGUACUUCCUCAGUUGCCUAUAACUCGGAUAAACCGUUCUUCGUUCACGUUCCGAAUAUUCUUCUGGCAUUACACCUUCUCUACGAAGACAUGAAACUAGAUCCGUUCCUGAAAUCAGAUUUGAGAUUAUUAGCAGAGUUUCUUUACAAACUUUCAAUGGAUUUAAAACUAGAAAAAUUCCAACUGCAUUACUUUUUAGAUUUUCAGGAUCUGAUUACGCUUCGAUCGUUUUGUUUCAUCAAAAAAGAGGAUAGUGUCAAGUUUGUUAAUGUUUCCGAUGCUGAUUUCGAAAACAUUCCGGCUGUAUUCUCUUAUAUUCAUUCAAUAAUUGCAAACCCCAACGAUCCAGAUAUAGAACCAUUUAUUUAUAUCGAUGGAAUCAAUGACAGAAGCCGUGACAUAAUAUUGAUCAUUGCAUACAUGUAUCGCGUGAAAAGUUUAUCUAAGUGGAUUAAAAUGCAAUUUGGAGAGUUAUUGAGAGGUAUAAAAUUGGCUACCACGGAUGACGUAGACAAAAUGAUGGCAGAUGUCAUAAUUCAACUGUUAAUAAAACAGAACUACAAUCGUCUGAAUAUAGAAAAAUUGCCCGUUAGUAUUCACUAUCUGAUAGCACAGUUUCUGGAAACAAUUCGCAACAAACCUCUUCAUACUUACGAAGCCAAAGUUUACGAACUUUUGUUGCGUCCUGAGCUACAUGCUCAUGUUACAUUCGACUGCAAUCGGCAGUUCAGUCCGCCGAAACGGACACCUUUAGGUGUGAAAGAACAUUCACUAUCCCUUCGCCGCAAGCAACAACCGGAAGUAAUAGCCAAGUCUGAAAUGAAACAGGAAGAAAGCGGUAUGGAAAACAUGGAUACAAAAUUACUCAGAUUGCGCUUUCCUGACGACUUACGUAUUAAAGACGUAAAAACAUUCCUCAAUAGUUCGCAACCAGUAAUGAUUGAUAUUGUGCAAGCUGCAAACGUAUCAGAUCAUGAGUUCAUCGAAGAACAAGAAAAACAAUUAUAUGCCUUGUGUAUUAGAACUAUGGCUUUGCCAAUAGGGCGUGGUAUGUUCACCUUGCGUACUAGUCGUCCGACUGCUACUCAAACGCUCCCGAUUCCGAAACUGUGUCUCACCGGUAAAGAAAUUCAUCGCGGGGCAACCAUUGAAAUUCAACAAUUAGAGAUACCGCCUAACAUGAAUCUUUGGCCAACGUUUCACAAUGGUGUCGCUGCAGGGUUGAGGAUAUGCUCCGAUACUCCGGACAUAGAUUCGACUUGGAUAACGUACAACAAACCGAAAGGUGGUGUGGAAAUUCCAACAGAGCAUGCAGGUUUUUUGAUGGCUUUAGGUUUGAACGGUCACCUAAAGACUCUUUCGUUUAUGAGUACUUAUGAAUAUUUAAUAAAGUGCGACGAAAUGACCAGUCUAGGAUUAUUACUUGGUAUAUCGGCAACUCAUCGUGGAACAAUGGACACUAAGACAACCAAGCUACUAAGUGUGCAUAUUGAAGCGCUUCUACCACCCACUGCCGUGGAAUUGGAUAUUUCGCAAAACAUACAAGUCGCUUCGCUCAUGGGAAUUGGACUCGUUUAUCAGGGAACGGCCAAGCGUCACAUCGCUGAAAUUUUGUUACAGGAAAUCGGUAGACCACCAGGUCCAGAAAUGGAAAAUUAUGUGGAGAGGGAGUCAUACGCUCUAACCGCUGGCUUGGCACUAGGCUUAGUAACAUUGCAACAAGGUGAAAAAUCAACCGCCCUACGUGAUUUGGAUAUACCAGAUACCCUCCACCAUUAUAUGAUAGGUGGUAAUAAAAGAGCACUCAUCGGAGCCCAAAAAGAAAAAUAUAAGCUCCCGUCGUUCCAAAUUAAGGAGGGGGAUACCGUAAACAUCGAUGUAACCGCACCCGGAGCGACUCUGGCUCUAGGUUUAAUGUAUUUUAAUACAGGAAAUGAAGCCGUUGCCAAUUGGAUGAAACCACCAGAUACUGGCUAUUUGUUAGACUUCAUACGUCCAGAUUUGCUUUUGCUAAGAAUUCUAUCUAGAAAUUUAAUAUUAUGGAAUAAUAUUGAUGCUUCAACAGAAUGGGUCUAUAGCCAAAUUCCACAUACACUGUCAUCUAUAAUCAAAAAUCGGCUUCAAACGGAUAAUCAUCAACAGCCAACAGAUCACGAAUCGCAAUGUCAAGCUUACUGUAAUAUUGUCUGUGGAGCAGCUAUCAGUAUUGGAUUGAAGUACGCAGGAACUGCGGAUGAACGAGCCUUUUCUACUCUGAACUAUUUAUUGAAAUACAUUCUUGAAAUCCAAGGACGUCCAUUUGGCAACUUCGCUGGAAAGCAAACCAUAGAAAAUUGCACUAUCAUGAUUCUUCUGUCAUGUUCUAUGGUGCUAGCUGGAACCGGGGAUGUAAGAGUAUUGCGUACCAUUCGGAUGCUUCGAUCACGUAUUGGACAAUGUCACGUAACUUAUGGAUCGCACAUGGCUAUUCAUAUGGCAUUGGGAUUUCUAUUCUUAGGCGCAGGACGUUAUACUCUUUCACGUUCGCCGGAGGCCAUAGCGGCACUGAUCUGUUCGAUUUUCCCCAAGUUUCCAAUCCAUAGCAAUGAUAACCGGUAUCACCUUCAAGCUUUCAGACAUUUAUACGUUCUAGCCAUCGAACCCAGGCUAUUUUUGCCACGUGAUAUUGAUACAGGCAAACUGUGUCUGUGCGAGAUCCACUAUUUCGAAAAAGGUAAAGAGCAACCAUAUAAGUCAAUGGCUCCCUGCAUGUUACCUGAACUUCAUACACUGAGUAAAGUGUAUGUACAGGACACAAACUACUGGCACUUGUCCUUUGAUCAAGACAACUGGCAUCUUUUAGAAAACAUACUGAAAGCUAGUGGGUGUAUUGAUAUUAAACAACGCACGGGUUGUUUGUCACAUCUGGAAGAUCCGAGUCGAUUGAAAUCAAUGCUGACACAAACGCUAACUACAGACAAAUAUAAUUCUUGGAAAAUCGAUGCAGACAGCUUGCUGACUUUCUCUACUGAUCAACGUAUUUUUAACCUAGCACACAAGUUGCUUAUUCCGUUGACAGAACGGGAAGGCUCUAGAGAAUCUGCAACGAUGUGCUCUGAAGAACGUAACGUGAGGCAGAUGCUAGUUUUGCAAAGCUACGACUGCCUAACUCAUGACAAAAUGCAUGGUCUAUCAAUUUUCAUGGAUCUGAUGAGUUACAUUAUUAAUUUUAACACUAUUUGCGGUGCAUCGGAGUUAUGGCAAUUUCAGAUAAUUGCAGCCAUCGUAUCCCACCGGAAAGCAAUUCCGGAAUCAGAACUGUUGGUAUCGCAAGACAUGCUUCAAUCAUUAGUAAACCGCGUUAACCAUCGUAUGGAGAAAAUGCAACAAGAAAGUGCACAUUUACUGCGAACAUUUAUCUUAGGUGCUCCUGUCGAUAGAACAAUAACCGAUUUGUUGUCUGAGCUGUGCGACGAAGAUCGCAUUAAACUAGCAAAGCUUAUUACGUUUUAUGAUCUGCCGAUUAAAGUUCUCAACAAUGAAAUACUGAAGAAAUUGAACGAAACCGAUUACCUGCAAUUUGUCUGUGGAUUCAAGCAACAAUAUCCCAAAGUAUCUACGCAGACUGUGUGCGCUAUGGCUGAAGUGCUAGGAUUAAGAAAUGUGCAAGGUGCGUAGAAAUUAAUUUGAUAACAAAGGUGGAAUUGAA